UAUCGUUCACGCGCAUGCCACUGCUCACCCCGGCCAGGUCGCCAGGCUCGCCAUCACGAACGUACACAUCCCUUGAUAUAAAAUAAUAGAGGCCGAGAUAGCACAGGAGCCGAUAGGCUUUCAUGGGGGAGAUAGCUCAUCUAUUGGAAAAGUCACGUACUUUAUGGUUCAUGCCUUAACAUCCCCCGACUGUGUCAGCACUCGGCAAAACGUGAACACAGCCAUCCUAGUUGGGAUAUCGAAGUGGUUUAAGAUUAGUGGCGAGGUAAUGGCACACCACAUGUUCGACAAAAUUUCUGUUAGAAUGCCUUAGAACUGAAAGUUUCAACCUUUUUGAUUUCCACUUCGAAGAAAAUGGAUUGUAAAUUCUUGUCCAUGAGUCUGUAUCAAAUAGUGCCUUUGGGAAGUAAUUUUUCUAGGAAAAGUAAGAUAGCUUUAACUUUGAUUGCCCAUUCCAAUACAAAAGCACACUACAGAAAGAAGCUACCCAAAAACCUUCGGUCUCCGCGACGAUCUAAGCUUCCUCCUGAUUUUGGGGUUAACUUGUUCCUGAAAACGCCAACCACUGAUGGCCACCCCUCGCAAACGGAUUCAAUUCUAGACGAUGAUGGUUAUGUAGCUAAAGAGGAAGAAGAAGAAGAGGAACGGGAACAAGAAGAAGAAAAAGAGGGACGUAAUGGUGAGAUUGUUUGGGAAUCAGAUGAGAUUGAAGCAAUAUCGUCUCUUUUUCAAGGGAGGAUCCCUCAGAAGCCUGGAAAGUUGAAUAGAGAAAGACCUCUACCGCUUCCACUUCCUCACAAACUGAGACCUCUGGGACUUCCCACUCCGAAAAGGCACAUUAAAAAUGUUAGUCCAUGGGUGGUCUCGUCGCGGGCAACUAUUUGCAAGCAAGUUUACAAGAACCCGAGCUUUCUCGUCAGUUUAGCCAAGGAAAUUAAAUGCCUUAAUCCAGAUGAUGAUGUGUCUGUAAUUCUAGAUGACUGUGCUCGUUUCUUGCGUAAAGGGUCCUUGUCAUUAACGAUUCGAGAGUUGGGUCAUAUGGGUCUUCCCGAGCGAGCUCUACAGACCUUCUGUUGGGCUCAGAAACAACCCCAACUUUUCCCUGAUGAUCGGAUUUUGGCUUCCACUGUAGAGGUUUUGGCAAGGAAUCAAGACUUGAAAGUUCCAUUUGACAUACAGAAGUUCACUAGUUUGGCAAGUCGGGGUGUAAUUGAAGCAAUGAUUAGGGGCUUCAUUCGAGGUAGAAGCUUAAAGCUGGCUUGGAACCUUCUGUCGGUCGCCACGCAGGACAAAAGAUUGUUAGACCCCAGCGUAUAUGCAAAAUUUAUACUGGAGCUUGGAAAGAACCCUGAUAAACACAUGCUUGUGGAGCAGUUGUUUUACGAGCUUGGGCAAAGAGAGAAUUUGAAUCUAAGCCAUCAGGAUUGCACAGCUAUAAUGAAAGUUUGCAUUAGGCUUAAAAAAUUUGAGCUAGUGAACAGGCUGUUCCAUUGGUUUCAACUAUCUGGACGCGAGCCAACUGUUGUUAUGUACACUACUCUGAUUCACAGCUUUUAUUCUGAGAAGAAAUACCGGCAGGCAUUGACUGUGGUUUGGGAAAUGGAGGGAUCAAAUUGUGUCCUUGAUCUUCCUGCUUACCGCGUUGUUAUCAAGCUGUUUGUUGCCUUGAAUGAUCUCUCAAGGGCAGUAAGAUAUUUUUCAAAACUUAAGGAAGCAGGUUUCUCUCCAACUUAUGACAUAUAUAGGGCCUUGAUUACAGUUUACAUGGUUUCUGGGAGGGUGGCAAAGUGUAAGGAGAUCUGGAACGAAGCAGAGAUGGCAGGAUUCAAGUUUGAUGAAAAAAUGAAGUCAGAAUUAUUCCAACUUGAAAGAGAAACAAGGUUAAGUUUCUGAACGUUCUUGGAUCUUUAAAAGCAAUAGUCCCUAUGCAUGAACUGUGAAAUUGUCACUUCUACAAAUUUAAACAAAUGUUUCUGUUUAAAUGCGCAUGGAUAUAUUUCUGUUGAAAAUAAGAAACUGAGUUAAUUCAAAAGUAAAAUUCUUGA